AACAGAACUCAUUGGAGAGGUCGUCUCUGGAGGUUACGUUCCCCAGAAACAGCUCGUCUUUGGGCUCACUCGAAAAGCGACAAGCAGGCGUCUUCUUAGACGCGUCUAUGGCCAAUACCGACCAAAAUCCUUCUAUUUCAUCGGAGUCGUCAGAUCAAGAGGUGAAGCAGCUGGAGAGCCCAUUAAACGCAAGCCAAAGUGUCUCUCAAGGAUCCAAUGUGCCCGACAGUAAUUCAAUUACUACCUCUGGCUCUGUCAGUGAUACAAUGGACAGCAAGGGCUCUCCAGCUAUCUCUUCAAACAAUACCUCCCAUUCUCGUCCGACACUCGUCCAGCUCGGCUCAAAUACUACAUCAGCCGCUCAACAUCCAAAAAAGUACAGUGCAUCCAACAUCAAUAAGAAGUUUUUGGAGCAAAACUCUACGUCGACGACGGUACCACCAGCUUUUGGUUCAAAUUCAGCUAGAUUGGGAGGUACAGAAUACAUCUAGCGCUAUAUUUUCAGAAUCUAAAAUUUCCGACAGGGAGACCUGCAGUACAAUCCUCUUCUUCCCCUUCCCAUCCUCGUCUAGUAACGACUAAGCUCACCGCUACCACUCAACUGGCACCUUCGCCAGGUCCCAGCUGGUCCCGGCCUUCAUCUGUCACUCCACCAGUUGCUAAUUCUUCGGUCUCAGCGCCCAAUGGCAUCUCAUCCUUGGCACCUACACCAUCUCAAGCGUCGGCCUCUACAUCCGUAC